CCAAAAAAGAAUAAAUUUUUUAAAUUCCCCUCAAUCAACGCAAAGCUUAAAUAAUAAAUAACCCUUUGCCCACCUUCAUCUUCUCUCUCUCUUGUUCUGACGCAUUCACUACCCUUGUGAAAGUUGAAACCUUUGAGCUGAAGAUGGCGAUAAUAAGGAGCAUAAUUCAGGAGAUGAGAUCAAGGUCGCAUCGAGUGGUUCAGGAGCAAGAGGAGGUUCUGAUUGAUGAUGGCAUGAAGCAGAGUUGUUGGGCCAACAUGCCACAAGAGCUUCUUCGUGAGGUUCUCCUUCGAAUCGAGGCUUCCGAGGACACGUGGCCACCCAGGAAGAACGUUGUGGCAUGUGCUGGAGUGUGCCGUAGCUGGAGACAGAUCACAAAAGACAUCGUCAAAACACCACAACUCUCUUCCAAGAUAACCUUCCCCAUUUCUGUUAAACAGCCUGGCCCAAGGGAGAAUCUCCUCCAGUGCUUUAUAAAGCGCAACCGGUCCACCCAAACAUAUUAUUUGUAUCUCAGUUUAUCUAGUACAUUAUCUGAUGAUGGGAAAUUCCUUCUGGCUGCACGCAAAUGCAGACGUCCCACUUGCACAGAUUAUGUAAUCUCUCUAGAUGCGGAUGAUAUGUCAAAGGGAAGCAACACCUAUGUUGGGAAACUAAGAUCAAAUUUUCUUGGAACCAAGUUCACAAUCUAUGAUGGCCAGCCACCUCAUGCAGGGGCAAAGAUUAUGAAGAGUCGGUCCACUAGACUGGUGAAUCUAAAGCAAGUUUCACCCAAGGUCCCUACAGGCAAUUAUCCAGUGGCACACAUUUCAUAUGAAUUGAAUGUGCUAGGCUCUAGGGGGCCUAGGAGAAUGCAUUGUGUCAUGGACUCCAUUCCUACCUCAGCGAUUGAACCUGGAGGGGUAGCCCCUACACAGACCGAGUUUUGUCUUAGCAGCAUAGAUAUGUUUCCUUCAUUCCCCUUUUUUCGAUCAAAAUCAAAGCGUGUGGAAAAUUCCGUGUCUAGACCCCUGGGGGAUCAAAAUGAUGGGAUGCUAGUGUUGAAAAACAAGGCUCCCAGGUGGCACGAACAGCUACAGUGUUGGUGCUUAAACUUUCAUGGUCGGGUGACAAUUGCCUCAGUUAAAAACUUUCAACUGGUGGCUUCUGCAGAAAAUGGACCUGCUGGACCAGAACAUGAUAAGAUUAUCCUCCAAUUUGGAAAAGUUGGGAAGGAUUUGUUUACAAUGGAUUACCGGUACCCUAUUUCGGCAUUUCAGGCAUUUGCAAUCUGCCUCAGCAGCUUUGAUACCAAGAUUGCUUGUGAAUGAUGUGUGUAUAAAGCUUCAAUCAGAUUAUAUAGCUAUCUCUAUUGGUGCUGGGACAAGUGUGGUUUGAAUGUGACUUGUUGGGAAGCAGACCAAUGAAAAGUGUUCAGUAAGGAUGGGACUGAACUAAAUUUUAAGGGACAGUGCUGCACAGUUGAGAGUUUUCAGUUUCUGGGAUCACAAAUCACCACUUCUCCGGAAGAUAACUUGAAAUUGGAACAUUACUUAGAACAUUCCUCGUGUACAUAAAUUCACUCAAUUUUUCUUUUGUUUUCUUAAAAGCUUGCUUUUUUUAAUCAUUUGUUGUUUAUGGCUAUGCUAAUAUAGUGGUGGUGUCUGCUGAUGUUUCUAGCUUUCAACUUCGGCGAUUUUCAAGUUGAGAACGUUAUUGUUCAUAACAUGUUAGUACUUGCAAGGACACAAACGCAUAAAAACUCGCUAUCAACACUCAACACCCUCCCUCCCCCCCCCCCCCAGCAAAAAAAAAUGAGAUAAUGUGAUCUUUUGAAUGCACUAAACACAAUGCUUCAGCAGUUCAUAGCACGUCACGAGAGAAUGUGUAAUCUAGUCUCUGUCACCAUUUUGAGUUAGUUUCUAACUCCUAGGAACUUUCCAAUUAUAAAAUUUCGUCGUUGAGAUGUCUAUAAGAAUGUUGUUAAUUAUUGGUUUCAGAAAAUGUUUUCUUUCUUUCACUUUUAGUUGUAAAUUAUCUUGUUUUCAUUUUGUUUCUUGUUUUUAAAUAUUUUUAAAAU